UUCAAUUCAAUUCUGCUAUGGAUAAACUCAAUGAAAUAGAACAAAUAUGUAAACAAAACGUGGACUUCGAUUUAAAUUGGAUUCGAGCCAGGACUGAUGAGCAGAUUCUGCAGAUGAAAUGGUCUGAUUUAAUGAAAUGUAAGUCUUACUUCUUUAUCUGCAUUAUUUAAUCAAUCAAUAAUUAUUUAUUGAUUAGAUAUCAACAAAAACUAGAUGCAAAACCAAACGCUUUAAGAUAACUGGAUUCAAGAACCUAUACAUUUAAUUGGUUAUUUAAAAUUUGUAUUAUUGUUUUAUAAACAUUUUAUUUUAGUUCAUCAACCUAUUUCAUCUUCAAGUAUUUAAAAUGUAUUUUACUAACCCCUCAUACUUAAAUUCUUGUUUAAACUCUGUUUUAACCAAAGAGCCCUUUGAGUUUGUUAUAAUUGGUUCGGUAUUGGUAGAAAGGUUACUGAAUACUUAGAAAUAUGCCUCGCACCAAGAUAGUAUUACGUAAGCAAGCUCAGCGCAAGAAGGCUGAUCGCGAGGAGAAAGUGCGUCUGGCCCAAAUGAAGAUGGACUCCGCUCUGGAGAAGAUCGACGAGAUGGGCAAGCGAUACAAGCAAGAGGUGGACAACCAAAUCAAGCUGAUCCGUGGGAGAACUGACAAGCAGCUGCUGCAGAUGAAGUUGUCAGAUUUCACGGCCCUAAACAUUAAGAAUUUUGCCGAGCAUCAGUGGGCAGUUCCCAAGCCACCCACAUCUCGCAGUCUUUCCAUCAGCCAACCUCGCGGUCGAACUCGGACUCCCCAGAGUUCCCAGUUCCCGCGGCUCCAGGCGCAGUCGGCGGACAGGGCCCUCAGGGGCGACUCCAUGAGCUUCGUGCGAUGGCCACGGGCCGGGGAGCAGGUGCUCUCGAAGGCUGGAAGUCCGCUGGCCGUGCAGAUGCAGUCGGACCGCUGUGCCGACGUGCACAUUCCCACCAAGAAAGGCGUGAUCACCGUGAAGCCGCAGAGGAUCAACGAAGUGAAGCGGGAGGUACUGAUGCAGCUGGACGAGAACACCCUCAACCAGGUGAAAACGCUGAAAUCUAAUCUUGGAUUGAUCGUGGACAUGGCCACCAAACUGGGUAGACUGAAAACCUGUGAACGAACGACCCAAGGAAACUGAAAG